AUGCCGGCUACAGCGAACAGGGGCGACCCACUAUCCAUCGACUCGCUACUUGGAGGACCAGACGUUGUCAGUCAUUUCAGAUCAGACGGCAAACCUGACUUUACCAAACGUUGGACAAAGUAUCCACCUCCACCACCUCCACCGACAGAUGAACAGUUUUGGCUCGUACCCGGUCAAAAGCCGCAGGCUGCUUUCCUUCGAAAACACUUCUUCUAUGAAGGGAAGCUAUUGGAACAUCAAGCUCUGUGGAUCAUCCGAGAGGCAACCCGGAUACUCAGAAUGGAACCAAAUGUUCUCAGCGUGACAUCCCCUGUCACCAUCUGCGGCGACAUACACGGUCAAUAUUUUGAUUUAAUGCGGUUGAUGGAACCCGCAAUCGGAGGGAGCCCAAGCAAGACGCGAUAUCUAUUCCUCGGUGACUAUGUGGACCGAGGAGUCUUUGGCAUCGAAUGCCUUUUGAUGCUCUAUUCUCUCAAAAUUAACUUUCCUAAUAACUUUCUCCUCUUGCGAGGAAACCAUGAAUGCCGGAGGUUGACCGAUUACUUCACUUUCCGACUCGAAUGUCGACGAAAGUACUCGGAUAUGCUCUACGAAGCGGCUCUCGAAUCGUUCAACGCUCUCCCUUUGGCAGCCGUCGUGGACAACACUCUAUUCUGCGUUCAUGGUGGUAUAUCGCCAUCUAUGGAGACGGUUAGUGAUAUUCUCAAGAUUGACCGCUUCCAAGAGCCUCCAACAAAGGGACUCAUGUGCGACUUGCUAUGGAGUGACCCUGCCCGAGACCACUCACACGAUGAAAUCACAUUUGUUGAAAACUCACAGCGAGGCUGUAGUUUUCAGUAUGGAUACAAGGCUAUCCGCAAGUUUUUAGAUGACAACAAGUUUCGGCUGGUGAUUCGUGCCCACGAGGUGGAGGAAAAGGGCUUUCGAAGGUUCACAACGGACGGACAAAGGGCCCAUCUUAUGACACUCUUCUCGGCCCCAAACUAUCUCGAUUUCUACGGAAACAUGGGGGCUGUGAUGGUGUACGAAGGUGGCAAGAUGAGUGUUCGACAAUUUACACACGCUCAGCAUCCCUAUCAAUUACCAAACUUUGCCGACGUUUUUACGUGGAGUCUACCAUUUGUCGCUCUCAAAGCAACUGAAAUGCUUCAUGCGCUACUGAGCGUCUUCCCGGAAGAAGAAUACACCGAUUCUGAAGAGGAUUCUGAUAUGGAGAUAGAUUCGCCGGAUCUGUACGCCCAAGUGGCCGGAGAACCACGACACAUCAGGUUCAAGAAUCGUGCUUCAGGCAAUAGUGGAGAGGAUCGGGUUCCCAAUAUCAAACGGAGGGAAUCGAAGCGGUUCACUAAAUUUUACAGGAUCCUGCGUGAAGAGACUGAGGGCGCUUCUGAACUUGGACGCAAGGCACGUCAUCCCGGUUAUGCAAACGAGUUGGGCCAAGGUGGACCAGACAUUCGCCCUGGCACUCCCUUCAAAGAGGUUCGGGAACUGGAUAUGGUCAACGAACGACUUCCAGAGCAAUUUAUCGAGUAUCAAGAGGUUGCCAACCGUCGAUCCGCGCAAAAUACACCCAACCAUCGACCAAACCAAGUCGUCUCCGAGCCAGAGGCUUACGAAGAGGAUGCGAUUAUCCCGCGACUACCUUCGAACUCUGGCUACAAUCCUCGAACUCGAGGUCCCCAAGGCCCCGGUGCGCGCAUGUACAACGAGUAUGUGGGCAACCGCGACGGACCUGAACGAAGGGACAGCGUCGGAACAACAUAUACUUCUGCGCCUAGUACUCGCAGGACGACAUGGGAGGAUAAAGACGAAAUUGUGCGGGGCUUUGCGAGCAUGAGCAUUCGGCCCCAGCAAUAG